UCCAACCCUCAUCAGCUCUCUUUUCACUCACACUCUGAUCAAUUGGAUCAAUUGAGUACAAUGUCGUCUCCUGUGCUCAACAAAGAGACCCUCGAGACCAACGACCAUGGUCGCGAGGUCACCAACGAGCCCCAGUCGGCCGCCGACGCCGUCCGCGACCUGACCUCCCCAGGAGUCGUCCGCAUCAAGGCCAUUUCCCAGGUCAUCACCUUUACCGACCGCAUCUUCAUCUUCUUUGGCGUCUUCCUUAUCGCCUACGCCUACGGUCUCGACGGUACCGUCCGCUACACCUACCAGCCCCUCGCCACGGAUGCCUUCCACGCCCACUCGCUUUUGUCGUCCGUCAACACACUGCGAUCCGUUAUUGCUGCUGCUGCUCAGCCUACGGCUGGAAAGAUUGCUGAUGUCUUUGGUCGUGUUGAGCUCAUCUGCAUGUCCGUAUUCUUCUACACCCUCGGAACGAUCGUCGAAGCCGUCGCCCAGAACCUGGCUACGUUUUCUGCCGGCGCCGUCAUUUACCAGAUUGGCUACACCAUGAUUCUUCUCCUCGUCGAGGUCAUCAUCGCCGAUAUCACCUCCACUCGAGCCCGUCUCUUCUUCAGUUACAUCCCCGCCCUGCCCUUCAUCAUCAACACCUGGGUCAGCGGCGACGUCACUGAAGCUGUCUUGGGCGCCACGACCUGGCGAUGGGGAAUUGGCAUGUGGUGCAUCAUCUACCCCGUCUGCGCCGCUCCUCUCAUCAUCAGCCUCAUGGUCGUCUCCCAUCGCGCCAAGAAGCAGGGUCUCCUCGUCAACUACCGCUCUUCCUUCCAGCAGCUCGGCUUCCAGAACUUUGCCAUUAAGCUCUUCUGGCUUCUCGAUGUCAUCGGCAUCAUCCUGGUCAUCGCCAUCUUUGCUCUGAUCCUUGUUCCUCUGACCACUGCCGGAGGCUUCAAGGCCCAGUGGGGACAGGCCCAUGUCAUUGCUCCCCUCGUCAUCGGUUUCGUCUGCAUCCCUGCCUUUAUCUUCUGGGAGCUCCGAGCUCCUCAUCCUCUUGUUCCUUUCCAGAAGAUGAAGGAUCGCGCCAUCUGGGCUCCUCUUGGUAUGGCUUGCAUGCUCAACUUUGCCUGGACCUUGCAGGGUGACUACCUGUUUACCGUCCUCCGAGUUGCUUUCGACUUUAGCGUCUCUGCUGCUACCCGAGUCACCUCGCUCUACUCUUUUGCCAGUGUCAUCACCGGUACCAUCUUGGGUCUUAUCGUCUACAAGGUCCGCCGUCUCAAGGUGUUCAUUGUUGCUGGUACCUGUCUCUUCCUCGUCGCUUUCGGUCUGCUCAUCCGCUACCGAGGUGACCCCAGCAGCUCCAACAAGUCUGGUGUCAUUGGCGCCCAGAUCGUCCUGGGUAUCGCUGGUGGUAUGUUCCCUUAUCCUGCUCAGGCCUCUCUCCAGGCCUACCUCCAGCACGAGCAGCUUGCCAUCAUGACUGGUCUCUACCUCGCCCUCUACAACAUUGGUUCCUCUCUCGGAAACAGUGUGUCUGGUGCCAUCUGGACCCAGGUCCUCCCAUCGCAUCUCGAGAAGAACCUGGCCGGCAUCAACGAUACUCUCGCCGCCUACGCCUACGCUCAGCCUCUCACUGCCAUGCUUGAGUACCCCGUCGGCACACCUGAGCGUGAGGCCAUGAUUCGGUCGUAUGAGGAUGUUCAGCGCCUGCUUACCAUCACCGGUAUCUGCCUCGCUGUCCCGCUCAUCGCCUUCUCUCUGUGUCUGCGCAACCCCAAGCUCACCGACCAGCAGAACCUGGUUGAGAAUGAGAAGCCUGGUGCGGCUGUUGAGGGAGGUGAGAACAAGGCCUAA